AAACGAAAAUUCGCCAGUGAGAACUAUGAAGAUUUGGACGAGUUGGUGUCGAUUUUCAAGCAGUUUGACAACGAUGGCAACGCAGUAAUGACACCGAGAAAUGUUGCUUUGGAAAGUACUGUACUUACUUUAGGCUUCGUGAGCGUUGACGACUUUAAGGAAAAGUGCAAAAAGCUGUACGAAGACAAAGGCUUCACGUCUACUGACUCAACUAUCAGCAAGUUGGCAAUGCUCUUGGAUUUCAACAGCGAUGGGAUCAUCGACUUCAAUGAAUUUAUCGAGGGGUCCAGACUCGCGAGAGAAAAGUGUAAGCGCUCACCCUUACAGCGGCACUGGAGAACUCCUCGCGACAGAGGUCACAUUUACUUGAAAUCCGUUUGCCAUUUUGUGGAUGCACCAACAAUGUAG